CACUCAAUGGACCCAACUUGUACCUCCAGCAGUAAAUCCCUGGACAGAGGCCAUCACUUCCAGUGUCACUCCAUGGACCCAAGCUGUACAUCCAGCAAUAAAUACCUGGACAGAGGCUGGUGUAUCCAGAUUCAUUCCAUGGACCCAAGCUGUAUCUCGAGCAUUAAAUCCCUGGAUAGAGGCUAUCACUUCCAGAGUUAUAUCAUGGACCCAAGCUGUACCUCCAGCAGUAAAUCCCUGGACAGAGGCUGGUACAUCUAGAGUCACAUCAUGGAACCAAGGUGUGUUUCCAGUAAUAAAUCCCUGGACAGUGACGCUUGUUUCUACAGUCACACCAUGGACCCAGGUUUCCUAUCCACUAAAUCCUUUGACAGAGACUAAAGCUUCUACAGUGAGAAUAUGGGCUCAUAAUGAAUAUUCAUUAAUAAAAACCUGGAAACAUUCUGCUAUUUCCAUGGUUACAUCCUGGACUCAGACUGAAUAUCAAGCAGUAAAUUCUUAUAUACCAAGUGUAGCUGAUAUGGUCAUAUUUUGGACAAGGCUUAUAUCUGAGUCUAAGAAAUCCUUGAUACUGCCUGAAGCUAGCAUAUUCAGUAUUUCAUUGCAUCCUCAAAGUGAUACUACUCAAUCCUUGAUUCAAGUUGAAAAUCAAGCAUCUCUUCUGUCAACACAUCCUGGAAUUAAUAAUAUCAAUAUAUGGACUUUACUUGAAUUUGAAACACAGGUAUCAUGGAUAGUGCCUUUCUCUCAAGAAGCCAGACUCUCACCUCUAUCUGAAACUGAUAAUAGUAUAUAUUGGUUUAAAACUGAAACAGAGAGAGUAAGAACCUGGGCCCACUCAGAAUUUCAAACAGUGAGUACUUUGACACAGUUUGAAAUUGGUGGAUUUGAGCCCUUGGCCAAACAUGAAACUCCUGCAGUCAUAUCAUGGGUUCCAACUAAAACUGGUGUAUUCCCCCUCUGGAAUAAGUCUGAAAGAGACAAAAUAAGAACCUGGACCCUUUCUGGAGGUGAUGUCUUGCCACCCUGGAGUCAGAUUGAAACUAGUAUAUUCAGCCUCUGGAUCCAGUCUAAAAGUAAUACAGUCACACCCUGGACCCAGGCUGAGACUCAGUCAGUCAGUAUCUGGACUGAAGGAAAUUCAGGCACAUUUUGGUACCUGAGUCAAAAUAAUGUAGUUAAGCCCUGGUCCCACCUUGAAUCUCAAAUGACAUAUUCCAGGAUUCAAAAUGGUAUAAAUAGUUCUUGGACUCAGUAUGAAACUAGUACAGUCAGAUCUUGGACCAAGCUUGAAAUUAGUACAGUGCAACCUUGGAAUCAAUUUGAAACUGUUACAAUUAGAUCAUGGACUCAGUCUGAAAAUGUAGACAUAUACCCCCUUACCCACAUAGAAGCUGGUACAGAAUUAAGACAUUGGUUCCAGACUCAAAUGGAUUCAAUAAAACCUUGGAACCAGUCUGGAACUAAUACAAUUAGAUCAUGGACCCAACCUGGAACUGAAACAAUCCAAAUUUGGACCCAGACAGAAAGGCAAAUAGUAAAACCUCCAAGUUUAUCUGAGAUUGAUACAAUUACAUCUUGGUUACAGACUCAAAGUGAUACAAAUAGACCCUGGAUUAAAUCUGACUCCUUGUCUGUCAAUCCCUGGAGUCAGGCUGAAGUUGGUACAAAUCACCCCUGGACUCAGCAAAGAGGUACUGUGAAUCAACCCUGGACCUACUCUGAAAUCCAGAAAGUUAGACCUUGGAUGAAGCUAGAAGCUGAUGUGCUUAAAUCUUGGUUCUACAUGCAAAUGAAUAAAAUCAGACCAUGGACCAAUUCUGAAUCUCAGAUCUUCAGCUCCAGGUUGCAGCCUGAAGUUGGUAUGGUUCACCCUUGGAUCCAUCCUGAAACUCAAGCAGUCAGAUCCUGGGCCCAACCUGAAACUGCCACACUUUUAACAAAAGAACCUUCUCUGAUGACUGGAUCUCAAUCUGGAACCAAGUCUAGUCAGCCUGAAGAAGAUCCUCUCAAGUAUUCGGAAUUCAAUGUUUCUUUGGCUGAAUGUCGCCUACGUGUGGUCUGGAAAGAGAGUGUCCAGGCUUUCUGGCUCUUCAAGACAGCUGUUAUUUCUCAUGAAGCCACAGAAUGUGGGUUACGACCUGGCCUUGUUCCCCACUGUCCCAACUGCUGGGAAGCAGAAUUGGGUGAAUUUCCUUGGAUGGUUUCCGUGCAGCUCUCUUUUUCCCAUUUCUGUGCUGGCUCUAUACUGAAUGAACAGUGGAUCCUUACUACAGCUAGAUGUGCAAAUUUCAUAAAAAACUCAGAAGCACUAGCCCUGGUCCAGGUGGGACUUAUUGAUCUUCAGGAGCCUGCUCAAGCUCAAACUGUAGGCAUUCAUCGUGCCAUGCCCUACUUAGGUCCCAAAGGACCUUUGGGUCCUGGGCUAAUCUUCCUGAAACAGCCACUACAUUUUCAACCACUGGUGCUUCCUAUUUGCCUAGAGGAGAACCUGGAGCAAGAGAAAAAUAUACAGCUGUACGACUGCUGGUUACCCAGUUGGUCCCUCAUGAGAGGAAGUCCUGGAAUUCUGCAAAAAAGGCACCUAAGCAUUCUGCAAGUCAGCACAUGUGCCCAGUUUUGGCCCAAGCUGAAUGAAUUCACUUUCUGUGUGGAAGCCAAGAAAGCUAUGGGCGAGGCUGGCUGUAAGGGUGACUUAGGGGCACCUCUGGUGUGCCAUCUACAACAAAAGGACACAUGGGUACAGGUGGGAAUUUUGACUCACUUCGAUGAACAUUGCACAAAGCCCUACGUCUUCAGCCAAGUGAGCCCAUUCCUUUUUUGGCUUCAAGGAGUUACACGACCCAGCCAUGCACCAUGGUCACAGCAAGGGACCAUGACUACUUCUGCUUCCACUUCCCUUUCAGUCUCUACUUCAAUGAAUGCCUCGGCUUUUACUGCCACUCCUGCUUCUAUUCGGCCUCAGUUCAUCUCUCUGCCGCAGCCUCAGACUUUAGCAGAUCGAAUUUCUCUACGAUAUACCAUGCCUUGGCAAGCCAUGAUCAUCAGUUGUGGCAGUCAAAUUUGCAGCGGUUCCAUUGUUAGCAGCUCUUGGGUUCUCACUGCUGCCCAUUGUGUCAGGAACAUGAAUCCUGAAGAUACUUCUGUAAUAUUGGGCCUGAAGCACCCUGGAACAUCUCUGAGAGUUGUUAAGGUGUCUAGCAUUCUACUGCAUGAGAGAUUUCGGUUGGUGAGUGGGGCAGCAAGAAAUGAUCUAGCACUGCUGCUCCUUCAAGAGGUCCAGACUCCCAUUCAGCUCUUAGCACCACUGGGACAUCUAAAGAACUUCAAUAGCUCAGAAUGCUGGCUUUCUGGGCCAAGAGUUCUCAAACCAGGAGAGACUGAUGAGGAUCCAGAAGUGUUACAGAUGCAGGUGAUGGGAGCUUCAAGUUGUGCCCACCUCUACCCUGACAUUGGCAGUUCUAUUAUCUGCUUCAUUACUCAGGCGAAAGGCUUAGAUACAAAUGUGGAACCUGUGACUCCUGGAAGUGCUGUUAUGUGCAGACCAGUGUCUGGAAAUGGCAGCUGGAGACAGAUAGGCCUUACCAGUCUAAAGGCACUUGCUACCAUUGUCAGCCCACACUUCUCCUGGAUAUUAUCCACAUCAGCAAAAGCAGGUCAUCCCCUAAACCAGGCAGUCAUGCCUUGGGUGGAAAAGCCAAAGUCAUCCAGUCUUCAUAAACAGGCAACAACACUACCACUUUCAUCAUUAAUGAUUCUUGCAAUGCAGAAUCUGUUGUAAACCAGUGGUUGUCCUGAACACUACUGCUCCAGUCACAUUGUGAUAAAAAAAGAGAUCAGAACAUAAAUCAAAACAAACCAGUUGAAUUAAGACCCUAGGUUCUCCCCAGUUAUUCCUUAUAAAAGCAUCUAUUCUAUUAAAAUGAGAGUCUAUCGAGUUUAACAAUUUGAAAUUUCAAAAAUUUAGAACCUCCAAAAUGACAUUUGUAUAAUAGUGAAUAAGAUAACAUAAAAAAUAAAUUUCAUCAAC